CCAAGGAGGUACGAUAUUCUCGCGAGAAGUGAAUGCCCGUGUCCUUGCAAAAUCCAAAAUGGGGUACUGGGACCUACAGGAAGGUGUAGACUGCGUUGAGAAAACAUGGAUUACCACCAAAUUGGGCACAGCUUUGGGCCUGGUGGGUUCAGCCUAUCAAAUCGUGGCUUUCCAGCCUGAUUCAGCAUUGGCAGCACUACAGAGAGCCACCAGCACAACAGUCACCUUGGCCUCCAUGGGAGCCAUCUUUGGUAUGGCCACGUGUCUCAGUGCUCAGGCUCGUGAAGCCCCAGACGACCCACUAAAUUACUUUUUUGGAGGCUGUGUCUCUGGCAUCUUCCUGGGAGCCAGGACCCACAGUGCUAUGACGGGUACAUCAGCGUGUCUUGGUCUGGGCACGUUGGCCUUCUUUACAAAAGUGAGCAAGGUGGAGGGAUGGAGGCUAGCUGGACCCCCCAAACUAUGAGAAAGAUGCUGUAAGAUUGACUUUGUGUUGUAAAAAGAGAUAUCUAAAUAAAGUUCCUGUGAAAAUAAAAAUACCUUUG